AUUUAUUUGAGGCCAAACAAAAAACUAAUCUAGUGAGGUUUAGAGUUUUGAAUUGAACUAUUCGAGUCGUGUUGAGUUAAAAUCAUAUUGAUAUAAGAUAAAAACAUGAAACUUUGGGACGCUAGAAACCCGGAAAUGCACCAUUUAGCGACGACCUCGCUGCUGUUGAAACUGACUUCCAUCUUCUUCAUCUCGUCUGCCUCUGCAGACCCAACAAACGUCACAGCAGAACCUGGACAGAACAUCAUUCUGCCAUGUAGAACUCCUCACAGUGAACCUGUUGUUGCUGUAGAGUGGAGCAGAACUGAUCUGGGGUCAGAAUAUGUUCUUCUCUACAGAAAUAACCAGUUUGAUCUAGAACACCAGCAUCCAUCCUUUAAGAACCGGGUGGAUCUGCAGGAGGGACAGAUUAUGGUUGGAGACGUGUCUCUGGUUCUGAAGAACGUCUCGACUGAUGACAGAGGAACAUAUGAGUGUCUAAUCAUCCAGACGGAAACAACCAACAGGAGGCAGACGGUUCUCUACAUAAACCUGGAUGUAGUUCCUCCUCCAGGGGAGCCUGAUGACGGAAGCAAAGGUGGAUCUCAUGGACUUGAACUGGUUGUUGGACUGGCAGCCGGUCUGUUGUCGUUAGCUGCCAUCUUUUUUGCUAUUCUUUAUUUUAAACGUAAAAAGAAAUCAAAUCCAAACCAGCCUCCUGGAGCAGCAGCAGGACAUAUGCUUAAUUUAACACUUCUGGACUCAUCAGCGGAGCAGUAAGUCCAGUUUGAUCUGCAGCUAAAGUUCUGCAGAACCACAGCAGACAAAUCUUCCUAAACACGCUGCUGAUGAUGAGACACAUUUCAGAGCCUUGCUGAGGAUUUCCUCCUGAUGAGGAUUUCCUCCUCCUCCUCU